ACAUUAUUUAUUUUUACUAACUUAUACAUCAAACUUCUAGGUCAUCUCUUUCGAAAGAAACCCUAACUCGAGAAUGAGUUGCAGGAUCACGACAUUUACAGUCAGCAACCCUAACUGUAGCAAGUUAUGGUCAAAGAAAACAUCAAUAAAGGCAUUCUGUUCUUUUCGUUCAUUGCGAGUUUCAGUCUCGGGUUACCCGAGAGGAAUUGGCAAUAGUUUACUGCACUCCUCUUCAAAUUCCCGUUUCAGGUUGGCCGCGUCUCUUGAGUUGCAUGGGAUGAAGAAUGAGAUUCUGGUUGCUACUCCACCCAGUGAUUCAGUAGUUGUUGAUGAACUCAAAAAUAAAGAGUGGGAAAUUGGGGUUCUAAAGGAUGAAAUAGCUGCUAUGCAGGGAAUUCGUAUAAGAAGAACACCCCCAACUGGACCUCCUGCUCACUAUGUUGGUACUUUUGAGUUUUUACAGAAUGAAGACAAUACUCCUCGUAACAAAUUAGAGGAAAUUGUAUGGACCAAAUAUGUGGAAGUUAAGGAGAUGAAGGAGAAAAAUGCAUUAUCUUCACUAAAGAAAGCUCUCGACAAUGCUCCUCCUCUGAGAGACUUUAUAGGCUCUCUUAAGGAGUCAUAUUUACGAACAGGAUCACCUGGUUUAAUUGCUGAAGUAAAAAAAGCUUCACCUAGUAGAGGAGUUCUAAGGGAAAAUUUUCAUCCCGUUGAAGUUGCAAAAGCUUAUGAGAAAGGUGGAGCAGCGUGCCUAAGUGUUUUGACCGAUGAAAAAUAUUUUCAGGGAAGCUUUGAGAAUCUAGUGGCUAUACGGAAUGCUGGAGUCAAGUGCCCUCUUUUGUGCAAAGAAUUCAUUGUGGAUGCAUGGCAACUCUACUAUGCUCGAACAAAGGGUGCCGAUGCUGUUCUGUUGAUUGCUGCUGUUUUACCAGAUAUUGACAUCAAAUAUAUGCUUAAGAUAUGCAGAAAGAUUGGACUGGCGGCACUUGUUGAGGUACAUGAUGAGAAUGAAAUGGAUCGCAUGCUUGCAAUUGAUGGAAUUGAACUCAUUGGCAUCAACAAUCGUAACCUUGAAACAUUCGAAGUCGAUAUCAGUAACACAAAGAAGUUGCUUGAAGGUGAGCGUGGGGAGAAGCUUCGGCAGAAAAACAUAAUAGUGGUUGGGGAGUCUGGACUGUUCACUCCUGCUGACAUUGCCUACGUACAAGAAGCUGGCGUGAAAGCUAUAUUGGUCGGGGAGUCCAUUGUAAAGCAGGAAGAUCCAACAAAAGGAAUUAGAGAUCUUUUUGGAAAAGAUAUAUCGGCUUAGUUACUCUGGAGAAAUUGGAUCUAGAGCUUGCGAAAGGUAGCUUAGGUGAUCUUAUUCAUCGCUAUAGUUCAUCAGAUGAAUUUUCACCCGAAUAUCCGUUGGACUGCUUUGACUUAUAUCCUCUGAGCAUCAAGCUCUGGACCAUGUGGAGGCCUCAAUCUACAUAUGGCGAAGAAAAGACAGCAUGAAGCCUGUAAACGUGGUGAGUAGGUCCUUUUCAAGGUCAAAUUUGAGGAUUUGAUAGCCAUGGGAAACUCUAGCAGAUAGAGACGAGAGCCUCUUGCUUUGCUUGAACCAGAGGUUCCCUGCCCUUUCUCAAACCACCUAAAAUCCAAUAUACCAAGGUAUGUGUCUUGACCUCCUGCAUACAUAUACACAGAUUUACAUAUAUGCAUGUAUACAUGAGUGAGUGUGUCUAUAGGAGGUCCUUCUGGUCUUACCCUUCUAAAACCCUCCAUUUUUGUCCCAUGGUCUUGUAGAGAUAUUUUGUUGACUAAAUUUUAGUAGCUGAACACAUUAUCAAUCAAGAACAGUAACAAAAUUGGUAGGUUCCAUACCCCUUCCAUUUAGCCUUUCUGCCUAGGGCUUGACAACCCCCAAGGCCGGAGGAGGAUCUAGGUGUACCUCUAAUGAGGAAUGAGAUAUUUGAAUUUCCUUUGGACUGAGAUGGCACUCCUUUAACGAGGUUAAAUGCAGAACAGAUAUAAGCAGAUAGUAUUGUAUAACAAGAUAGAGGAUUCUUGAUAUAUUCUACUCAAACUUGGCAUUCGGAUCUUGGGACGGAGAUUUGGUAAGAGGGCCAUGAGGAAGGUACAUUAGCAUGCUUGAAAUGUAUUAGACGCCAUGAUCAGGCUGGGUAGAAAUCAUAUAGGGUGUAAUCUAAAUUAAUGAUAUCAAUGGACAUUAAAUUAUUUGAGUUAGUUUAAUUCUUUCUGAAGAUUUUGAACUAAAGCCCAUGAUUGAAUCCCAACAGAAAAUUCAAAAAGAGUUGGACUGGGCAUGCACUAGCUGAAUUGAGGCGUAUACUAUAAAGGCAGAUGAGAGCCUGGACUAUUCUUGCUUCUACUGUGGAGAGAGUCUAGAGAGAAGCAGAGUGACAGAUAGUGAGAAGUCUGAAAUAUUUCAAGGACCGGCAAAUUCAAGUUGGAUUCAGCUAAUAAUAUGAAGAAAUACUUGAGAUUAAACAGUAAUCCAACAAGUUCAAGCUAUGCUAGUAGUACUUGAGUAAAUCAAAGUAUGUGGCUAUCUAUUGUGUGUGUAUAAUGUGCACAUGUAUGUUUCAGUUAGUAGCAAAACUAAUAAAUAAAAGUCUCAUGCUUGAAAAUAUACUACAUCAUGUGGUUUAAUGGGUCGAAAUAUAUACCACCACCUUAUCAUGUAUUGAUUUAUGAAAAUCUUAAAGAAUCAAACAGAAGAGGCACUUACAGGAUGAAAAUCUUCCUUUAAAUCUCCUCUACUAGGUGAAGCCUUUUUUACUUCAGCGACUGUUUGUAUACACUAGACCUUAAGAGCUCCUAUAAAGUCUCUGGGAGGAGCAUUGUCUAUAGCUUGUUUUAGUAAAAACAAUGCAUUUUUCUCCAUCAUCUGAAAAGGGUGCUAAUAUUAGCAGGGGAGAAGAUAAUUACAACAAUAAGCAACUGUUCAAUAAUCAAGGAGAUUGACCAAUGGCCUUUGGCCUAACUGUUCUUGUUGAAUCAAGGAGAACGGACAUGGUAACCUCUACGUAUUUGUUCCAUACGAUUCCUUUAGUUUUGCUACGAGGAGUAUCAUCUUC